AUGCUCCAAAUUCAGAAGUACGCUAGCACCUCAAAUCAAAUCUUAAACAAAGGAGAGAAGCUGGCGAAAACUUGUGGAGAAGGGACAGGAGGAAGUAAAAACCCUCGAGGAAAAUUUCUCAAAAUCAUCUCCCCCGUGUUUCCCACUAAGCUUUCCUAUUACUUCUGCUAUGGAGUGUUGGCGGUCCUCUCUGUAGCUGCCAUUGCACUUCCUGUUGCUCUGUCAGUGAGAUCCAGGAAACCAGCCAUUGAGAACUAUGAACCUUGCUCUGCCACCUGCCCAAGAGCCUGGAUUGGAUUUGGAAGUAAAUGUUUUUAUUUUUCUGAAGACAUCAGAAACUGGACAUUCAGCCAGGCCUCCUGCAUGGCACUAGAGGCCCAGCUAGCUCGAUUUGACAACCAGGAGGAGUUGAAUUUCCUGAAGACAUACAAUGGGACUUCUAUCCACUGGAUUGGCCUGCACAGAAAGUCACCAGGACACCUUUGGAGGUGGACAGACAACACUGAAUAUAACAACUUGAAUUCCAUCCGAGGAGAAGGAAAAUAUGCCUACCUGAGUGACAGAGGGAUCAGCAGUGGCAGGGCCUACGUGCCCAGGAAGUAUAUUUGUAGCAAGCCCAAGUGUAUUUCAUAGUACCAGUAGUUUCAUACGUUGUGUAGAGUGGUAUUGAAAUGAACACUUUGCAAUGGUAUAUAUUUUGGUUUUACCGAUAAAAACUUAAGGUC